GUCGAAAGGAGAUAUUACACGGAAUCAAUGGAAGACUUCCAGCGAAACAUUUAAUCGCCCUAAUGGGCCCAUCCGGGGCAGGGAAGUCGACCUUGCUGGAUAUCCUGUCGGGAUUCAGGACGACCGGCGUGAAUGGAAACGUUUAUGUCAACGGCUGCGUUCGGCACAUGAAUUCAUUCCGAAAAUGCAGCGCGUACAUCACUCAAGAUGAUCGUUUGGAAGCUCUGUUGACAGUUAUGGAGAACAUGACUGUGGCGGCUGACCUCAAACUGCCCACCAACAUCUCCAAAAAUAAGAAGGAGACGAUAAUUAAAGAAAUCCUAACUACUUUGGGCCUGUAUGAACAUAUGAACACCCUAACGGGAAAAUUAAGUGGCGGACAGAAAAAGAGAUUAUCCAUCGCUUUGGAGUUAGUUAAUAAUCCGACCGUUGUGUUCCUCGAUGAACCGACUACAGGUUUGGACAGCUCAUCAUGUAUGCAAGUAGUGAACUUGCUAAAACUACUCUCGCGACAAGGAAGGACGAUCGUCUGCACGAUUCAUCAACCCAACGCGUCGAUCUUUCAGUUAUUUGAUUUGGUUUACGUAUUGGCCAACGGGGACUGCUUAUUUCAUGGUGCAACCAGCCAGUUGGUUUCCUAUUUGGAGAACGUUAAACUACCUUGUCCUGUAUAUCACAAUCCAGCUGAUUACGUUAUUGAAUUGGCUUGCGGCGAAUACGGAGAAGAUAAAAUAGCGUUGCUAAUAUCGAGUUCAGGAAACGGCAAUAAUAUACAAUGGUUCGAAAAUGCUGAUGCACUUGUGAAUGGUUUGAAAACAUUGGAUUCGAAUAAAAAAGCUGUAAAUUUAAAUAGAGAAAGUGGCCUUCAGGCUACUCCUUUAACACAUCAAAUCAAAGUUCUAAUAAGAAGAGGUUUUAUUAUGUCUAAAAGAGAUAUUACGUUAACAUAUUUACGAAUCCUAGUCAACAUAGUUGUUGGCUUGAUGCUUAGUCUGGUCUUCUUAGAAGCUGGUAUCGAUGGUUCCAGAGUAUUAGAUAAUUACAAUCUUUUGUUCUCCAUUCUCAUACAUCAUUUGAUGACCUCGAUGAUGCUUACCAUUGUUACUUGUACGAAUAAUAUUCAAAAGUGUUUUCUCAUAUUUUUCAGUUCCCAUGCAAAUGAACAUCCUAUUGAAAGAACACUUCAACAAAUGGUACAGCCUAAAAGCAUUUUACACGGCCAUUACAAUCGUCGAUUUACCGAUUACGAUAAUAUCCUGUCUACUUUUUACCCUAAUAACAACGGAACAUUCGUGGGGCCAACAUCGACUGUACCACUAAUGAUGUUCUCUGGUUUUGGCCUGACAUUACGUGAUACGCCAGUUUAUCUCAAAUGGGGUACAUACAUCAGUUUUUUGCGAUAUAGUUUGGAAGGAUACGUUGGUGCCAUCUAUGGAUUUGAUCGACCAGUAUUAUUCUGCAAGAAGGAAAAUUUGUAUUGCCAUUACCGAUAUCCGGCAAAAUUUCUUUCUGACAUCGCCAUGGAUGGUAAUCAAUUUUGGAAUGACAUUGUGGCACUUGUAACGAUUCUUCUGUUAACACGAUGUGUCGCAUAUAUACUUCUCAAAUGGAAGACCAUAUCUGCACGA